UAAUGGACUAAAAAUAUAAUUCCAAUUUAAAAAGAUUUGGGAUACUUGCGAAUCCUUAUAGGAAAAGGGCAUCUUUAAUCUUAAAAUAAUUCUUUAAAUAAAAUGCACGUUCCCGUGUACUAUAGAUCACUGAAACUGAAUGGUACACCAAGGUUCCUGAAUUUCGCAACAUCAUCAACAUUCACUACUUCUCAAUUGUGUUUCUCCGCCCCCUACAAAUUCACAACAAUGUCUUCAAUUGAUUUCCUUGCAACUGCUGUUGAUGCUGCCAAAAAAGCUGGCGAAGUAAUUCGCAAGGGAUUUUAUCAGACCAAAAAUGUGGAGCAUAAAGGCCAGGUGGACUUGGUGACUGAGACCGACAAGGCAUGCGAAGACCUUGUUUUUAAUCAUCUUAAGCAGCAUUACCCUGAUCAUAAGUUCAUUGGUGAAGAAACUACGGCUGCCUAUGGUGCUACAGAACUGACAGAUGAUCCUACAUGGAUUGUUGAUCCACUUGACGGGACUACUAACUUCGUGCAUGGAUUUCCUUUCGUGUGUGUCUCCAUCGGUCUCACCAUUGGAAAAGUUCCAACUGUUGGUGUUGUGUAUAAUCCAAUAUUGGACGAGCUUUUCACUGGUGUGCGAGGGAAAGGUGCGUUUCUCAACGGAAAACCUAUACAAGUAUCUUCGAAAGAUGAACUUGUCAAAUGCCUUCUUGCAACAGAGACCGGUACAAAACGGGAUAAAGCCACCGUUGAUACUACAACAAACAGAAUCAAUGCAUUGCUUUACAAGGUGAGGUCUGUACGAAUGUCAGGCUCUUGCGCAUUGAAUUUGUGCGGUAUAGCUUGCGGAAGGCUUGAUCUCUUUUACGAGACAGGAUAUGGGGGUGCAUGGGAUGUGGCAGCUGGCAUUGUAAUUGUUGAAGAGGCUGGAGGCUGCGUUUUUGAUCCGUCGGGUAAAGAUUUUGAUAUCACUGUCACCCGAAUAGCAGCUUCGAACCCCUUGAUUAAGGAUUCGUUUACGGAGGCUUUUCGACUGGCUGAAUGAGAGAUUACGCGACAACAAAUUGUAGAACAAAACUCAAUAUUCAUUGUUCAGACUUCAGCAUUUGAGAUGUAUUUUUUUGGAGACAAAUUGUAAUAAAAGUCUUGUUAAUUGUUCUAAUUGUUUAAAUUCUUGAAAACCUUCUAGAAUAUGACAUGGGCCAUGAUUUCAAUUCACACCCUCCAA